AUGUUAGAGUUAGAUAUUGGCAAAAUGGGCGAUCACGUACAAAAAUAUGUCAACGACAAUGACAUGAACCUUAAGAAUUCGUUUUGGAAAAAAAACAUUAGAAAUCUUCCUGGAAGAGCAAGUCCUAAGAAAGAAAGCAAAUCUGUAUCUUCUUCAGCUUCGACUUCGUUUGAUGAUUUCCAAGAAAGUGUCAGUGAUGCAUGGGAAAUUGAAGCUGAGGAUGAAAUACUACGAAUGUCAGAAGUGAAAAUUUCAAAGCGUGUGGCCCAUUCUGCUGCUGUCAAUGUAAUUAAUAAUCAUAAGGCUUCGAUUGAGGAAAUUCAUAAAUCAAAAAACUACUCAAACUCUGAUCCACAAGGAGAAUCUAGUUCACAAACUUAUAAAGAAUCUCGACACACAGAGAAUAAAGUGAACUUUCCCAAUUCUGAAGUUGAUACAAACAAACUAACAAAAUUCCAAGUGUUGCUUGAAAGUAACUUAUUAAAUUUAGAAGAUUUGAAGAAACUUAGUUGGUCUGGAGUGCCUGUAGAAGUACGUCCUAUGACAUGGAGACUAUUAGCAGGUUAUUUACCAACUAGCACUGAACGUAGACAAGAAGCUCUUGAUCGAAAGCGUAUUGAUUAUGCAAAUCUUGUCAAACAAUAUUAUGAUACAGAUAAAGAUGAAGCUUACAAAGAUACUUAUAGACAGAUUCAUAUUGAUAUUCCACGUAUGAGUACUCCUCUUUUCCAACAAACAACUGUGCAAGAAAUGUUUGAAAGAAUCUUAUUCAUCUGGGCAAUCAGACAUCCUGCAUCUGGUUAUGUUCAAGGAAUGAAUGAUUUAGUUACACCUUUUUAUGUUAUCUUUUUGCAAGAAUAUCUUCCUAUAGGUACAAAUAUUGAAACACUUGAUGUUAGCUCAAUAUCAAAAAAGAACCGAGACUCUCUAGAAGCUGAUUCAUUUUGGUGUCUGUCAAAGUUCUUGGAUGGUAUUCAAGACAAUUAUAUUUUUGCCCAGCUUGGAAUUCAGUAUAAAGUUAAUCAGCUAAAAGAACUAAUUCAAAGAAUUGAUGGCACACUUCACGGACAUUUAAUGAAACACGGAAUCGACUACUUACAAUUUUCAUUUAGAUGGAUGAACAAUUUACUAACUAGAGAAUUACCACUGAGGUGUUCAAUAAGGUUAUGGGAUACAUACCUUGCAGAGUCUGAUUGUUUCGCUACUUUUCAGCUUUACGUAUGUGCUGCAUUUUUGUUGCAUUGGCGACAAGAAUUACUAGAAAAAAAAGAUUUCCAGGGUCUCUUGAUAAUGUUACAAAAUUUGCAAACACAAAAUUGGACAGAUACUGAUAUCAGCUUAUUAGUAGCUGAAGCCUAUAGAUUGAAGUUUACAUUUGCUGAUGCUCCAAAUCAUUUGACUACAAAAAGGUGA